GGUACCGGAAGUACUUGAAAGCUGGCAAGCUAGGUCACAUUGUCGGUGUUUUGUAAUGUUUUGAACGACCCUACCGCAAUGGAAGCUGCCAAAACAGAUGAGGUUCACCUAAGACAUGUGGAAACUGAUGUGCUCAUUCCCAAAAUGAUGAGGGAGAAAGCUAAGGAGAUCUGCGCCGACAGAGUUCAAGCUUUCAACCACUGCUGCAAAGAGUCCGGUUUCUUGAUGGUGGUGAAGUGUCGAGAAGAGAAUGCCGCCCUGAAGGACUGUCUGACACAACACUAUAAGGACCCAGCCUUUUUUGAGAUGUGUAAGCAGGAAUACAUCCAAGAAAGAACAGAGUUUGAGAGGACGGGGAUCCCAGCCAAGAAUAGGAAACAAAAACUCCCAACCAGCAUGUAACCGCCUCAUUUUGGUCUCACGAUGGAAUGACGAGACUCAGUCCUCAGCAAGCUCUGAUGGCCAUCUGCAAACCAGUUGACCGUAUUCUGUUUAAGUCUGACAUUUGUCACAAGAACACAUAGGCAAGAAUCAAACAAAUAAUGACUGUGUACAUUAUAUUUGCAAAAAUCAAAUAUAAAGCCAAUACAAUGCAGAAUAUUGUAUUUGAGUUACCCUAAAAAAAUGUCUGACUUAACAUGAAAUAGUAAAUGUGUAUUUUAACUUACAAAGAUGGUGAAAAGAUACUUGUACAGUGUGAUCACAUUUCAUGUAAUUAAAUGUGUGUAAAUAUCCACAGAGCUGAUGUCUUAUUUCCUAAAUUGUCAUAAUUUUUCAAAGUUAAAUCCCAUUUUAACUUCAUAUGUCACAUUAGCAUUUCUCAAACAAUGUGAAUUAUGCAUACAGUAUAAUUAAGGAUAUUUCUCUUGUUUUUGUUUUUGGUAAGCUUGUCAGAUGGUAAUUCA